AUGCCUUGCAAGCGUACGUACAGCGAAGCCUACGGCGCCCAGACCUCCGCCAACAAGGCGGGCAAGUUUUCUGGUUUCGACCGAGCUGUUCAACAAGCUUCUGCUGGUGGCAAAUUCAAUCGUCCGAGCGUGUUUGAUCCGAGAUACCAGGAGGCGGAGGAGUAUUGGAAGGGUAAUGACGAUGACGAUGACAGUGAGGAAGAGGAGGAAGAUGAAGAUGAAGAUGACGAAGGAGAUGGGGAGGAAGAGGACGAGAUUGACGAGCAGGGGAAGGGAGUGGAGGAUGAGGAGUACAUGGAUAACGAAGAUGGUGGUGACUUCGAGGAGGAUGAGGAUGACAGCGACGAGGAAGACGAUGAAGAGAGCGACGAAGAGUACUCGGAGGAAGACAAUUGCAAACACGACGAUGACGAUUCCCCGCCUUCUCCACAGGAUAGCGGAUACGACUCUUGCUGCGAGCAAAACGAAAAGAGUGUCGAGCCAUCUGAGGAGCUGACGAGGAACGGCACCAUCCUCGAGCUGAACGACUACAAGCCCGCGAACAUGGCCUACUGGCUUCGCCGGAAACUCCGCAGUCGCAGAGACAACAACUUCCCAAGCAUCCUGAUCAUCCGCCGCUCUUCGUUCACGAUGGAGCAACUUCACGACGUUCUCGAUCUGGUCCAGCCGGAGAAGUUAAUGUUGAACAACUACACCCCGGCGGAUGGAUUCUGGGGCAUGAUGUUCCAGGCUCUCGGCGAGCGCAAGUUGAGAUUCCUGAAGAUCACAUGCAAGGCGGACAUGAUGGGCUGGAAGGUGGCGCGGAGGAGUGGAGCGGCCACGGAGAGGUAUUGGCCCGGGGAUGGGUUGAAUGUGAAGAUGGAAGGGUAUGAGGAAGUUGCGAUUGGGACGGUGGAUUAUGCGAGCCAGUUUGAGGAUCUGGCUGGACGAAGUGCGACGAUGUUUUGA